CCACAGCUUCUGGCUGGAGUUCAUUCUCGCAUCGCAUUAACCCUUCCGGCAACCCACCCAGCGCCCUUCUGCAUUGGUGCGCUUGCACCUUGCGCAUCAUCUGCAUAGCUGGUUCCAUCCUCUCUCUUAACUUCGUCGUAUAUAUCAUAUAUCAUAUCCCCCGGCAUCCCGGGACUAUCUCCGCCAUGGUGGCAGCACAGACCUGCUUCCGACCACCGUGAACCAUUUUCAGUCAUCAUGUUUCCUGAAUCGCUCCAUUUUGGCCAAUCUCCCAUCUACGAUAUCGCCCUGAUCAGUGCGGUAACCAGUAUCGGCGUAUGGCUUAUCACCCGAGCGUUCCACUGGUGGACGACAACAUCCAAGCCAGUUGUGCCCCGAUCAUCCACCCCAGAUCUCGAGAAGAAGUCGGUCGCAGUUACCAGGAAACCGGGAGAAUGGAUCCCAUCGGACUUUAAACGGCCGCCAGCAUCACCGUAUCCCGACUGGGAUGUACACACGACCAAGCCCAUUCCCUAUCGACCAUUUCGAUAUGGACCCAAGUACUUCGUCACGAUGGGCCUGCGCAGCAUGAAAUGGGAUGAAUGGAUUGAACUCGACAACCACUACCUCAAAUAUCACGCCGACAAGGCCCGUCGCAUCGCCGAACGCGGCGACAAAUGCUGCAAAACCGCCCCGGAAGCAUGGGACGCAGCCAUCGAGCUCCUCGAAGAGCUAACCUCCUACCUCCCCGAACGCUACCCAACCAUGUUCCAAAAGACCCCAACAGGCCUAACCAACCUCAUCACGCACGAAACCUUCAACAUAACCCAACGCCCCCUCCCCGAAGACCCCAUGACCAUCGCCGCGCGCCUCAUCCAAGACGACCUCGCCAUCAUGAUCGAACGACCCGACGGCGAAUACUACCUCCUAGCGGGUGCCGUCCUCCUCGCCGGCUUCUGGCGCCUCUCCGACAAAUACGGCAUGCGACUCUCCGAAAUCCACACCUCGGGCUCCGUCCCGCAAUACACCGAGAAACUCGAAAAGGGAAUGAUGAAUUUCUUCCGCCGCUUGAAACCCGAAGACCCUGUUCUCCGGAACAAUUACUUCAUCCAAGUCGAUGACAGCUUACCCUGGUCGCAUAGUAUCGGGUCCGAGGACGCGGAGGAGGUAUCGUGGAGCACGGCGCAGAAGAACAAGGCCAUUGAGAAUCACUGGUUCCGGUCUGAGAGGCAGAGUCUACGACGGUUGCCGAGGUCGGGAGGCGUGGUGUUUACGAUUAGGACGUAUUUUGAACCCAUUACGGGCAUUGCGGAGGAGGAGUAUGUUCCGGGCAGGUUGGCUUCUGCGGUGAGGAGUUGGGGUGAUGAUGUCGCGGUUUAUAAGGGAAGGGAGAGGUAUGGGGAUGUGUUGUUGGAGUUUUUGGAUAGGAAGCAUCGGGAACAGCUGGAUAGGGGGUUGAGGGUUGAGUUGGAGGAUGAGGUGAGGAAGUAUCCUCUUUGAAUUAGGGUGCUGUCGGUCUUUUUGGUUCUUGUCGAUAUCCUUGAUAUACUAUCCAUGAGCAUAUAACAUUCAUCCAAUCUUCAUUAGCAUCGUCUCUAAGACUGUUUAUAUAAA